GUGAGGGCGGAGGGCCAGUCGUCGAGUGAAUAAUGGCGACGUUUAAGCAGUGCAGUCAUGUAUUUAAAUUCGAUAUCGAAUCUCGUAUUUUUAGUGAUUGUUGAUACGAACAUGUUUAACUUUUUGUUUAAAAAAAUGUUCUCGUGAUGUAGUCUUUUAAUUAAACAAUGUCUUCCCAUUAUUGUAUCCUAUCGUCAGUCGCUGUACUUGUUUAUCUUAGGGCUUCUGUCGAAGGGUUAUUGUGCCACUGUGACAUUUGCUCUUCUGAGUCCAAUAAGACGUGUUCUACGGAUGGUUAUUGCUUUACAUCCACCGAACUUGUUAAGAGCACUGGAGAGAUAAAAUAUGCAUUUAGGUGCCUGGAGAAGUUAAUUACUCAUCCUCCUGAGAACCCGAUAGUCUGCCAUUACAACGGUAAACGUAACGACUCCUUUGUCAUAGGCUGUUGUAAGGAGUACGACUACUGUAACAAAGACACCAUUCCUUCUCUUCAUAAAAGUGAUGAGAAGGUAACAGAGAAAUUAUGGGAAUCUAGCCGAAGUUUUGAAACAUGGGAACUAGCACUUCUGAUUGCUGUGCCAAUAUGUGUGAUUACUUUUUUCAUUAUGAUGGGGGUUUUAUUUUGGGGCAAUCGGAAAAGAGGAAGAUACCAUUGCCCAGAAGCUCCAGAUGGUCCAGAACAACCAAUUUUAAAUGCAGUUUCACUAAGGGACAUGAUUGAUAUGACAACUUCUGGUUCUGGAUCAGGAUUACCUCUUCUUGUACAACGAAGUAUUGCACGCCAAAUUCAGCUGGUCGAUACCAUCGGAAAAGGAAGGUUUGGUGAGGUAUGGAGAGGUAGGUGGAGAGGAGAAAAUGUUGCUGUGAAAAUAUUUUCCUCACGUGAAGAAAGAUCAUGGUUUAGAGAAGCUGAAAUUUAUCAAACUGUUAUGCUUAGACAUGACAAUAUUCUUGGAUUUAUAGCUGCGGAUAACAAAGAUAAUGGGACAUGGACUCAGCUUUGGCUCAUAACAGAUUAUCAUGAGAAUGGGUCUCUUUUUGACUACCUGAAUCGAACGACCGUUGAUGUUCCAGGAAUGAUAAAAAUGGCUCAUUCUAUUUCAACAGGCCUUGCUCAUUUACAUAUGGAAAUAGUUGGAACUCAGGGUAAGCCAGCUAUAGCUCAUCGAGAUCUAAAAUCAAAGAAUAUCCUCGUGAAGGGCAAUGGUACAUGUGCUAUUGGUGACCUAGGUUUAGCCGUCAGGCACGAUGUUGCCACUGACACUGUAGAUAUUCCGCUUAACAACAGAGUUGGAACUAAACGUUACAUGGCACCAGAAGUUUUGGAUGAAUCCAUGAAUAUGAGUCAUUUCGACUCUUUUAAACGAGCCGAUGUUUACGCCUUUGGUCUGAUUUUAUGGGAAAUUGGACGAAGGUGCAACGUAGGAGGAAUUUAUGAUGAAUAUCAGCUUCCUUUCUUUGAUAUGGUUCCUUCUGAUCCAACUAUAGAAGAAAUGAAGAGGGUUGUAUGUUUGGAUCGAUUGAGGCCAUCUAUUCCUAACCGCUGGCAUUCUUGUCCGGCAUUGCAAACUAUUUCUAAUGUGAUGAAAGAGUGUUGGUAUCAUAAUGCUGCCGCACGCCUCACCGCGCUCAGGAUAAAGAAGACUUUAGCAAAUUUAGCUGCCUCUGACAUCCUAAAAAUGUAAAUUUACUACCUCAAAUGAAAAAUGUAAAUAGUUAUAUGCCCCAAUUUUUAUAAGUGAAUUUCUUAUUUAAUUAAAAAAAAAUAUUUUCCGGUUUUGGAAGUGUAUUAAUGUGUCAUGUGAUUACAUUUGUUUAACCCUAAGGCUAUCUUAAAUAUGAAAAAAAAAAUAUAUGACCCCCCUUCUUCCUAUAAUGAAGAUAACAAAACUAAUUUAAAGUUAGAUAUAUUUUUACCAUUGUUCAAAUGUUGUGUUAAAAUCUUUAAAUAUUUUUAUUUAACAAUAGAUAUUCUCUUUUAUUUACACACUAAUGUAAACUAAGGAGUUAUGUAAAUGCCUUAUAAUGUAAGAAAUAUGUGAAUAUACGCUGUAAAAAAUAUGUAUAAAUACACAUUUUUAUUUGAAUUAAUGAAUAACAGUAACAUUUGGGCUAAUAUAGAUGGUUAAAAUUUCGAAGAGGACAAAAACACAUUCUUAGAAGUAUUUUUAUCGAUUCAGUGUCAAUAGAUUACUAUUAUUAAUUUAGCAUAUAUUAUAUUACUUUGCUUAUGUAAAUAAAAGUUUAUAUUAAUUUAUAAAUGAACAGGAUGUUACAUGUCAAAUAUUUUCAUAAAUUCUAUAAGAAUUUAUUUAUAAACAUGAAUUCCUAAUUUUUGUUAUUCUCCAAGAGACAUUCGUUAUUUUAUAUUAAUUUGAUAUUAUAUGAUUUAUAUAUAUAGGGUGUAUGUGCGUGCGUGCGUGUGUAUAUUUGUUACAUAAUAUCAUUAUGUAUAUUAUUACAAAUCUUGUUAAGUAACCAAUCAUUGUUUAUUAGUGUUAUUUUUAUGUUAUUAGGUGCUGCUGUUUGUGUGUUAAUGUAAAUAUAAUAAUUAUAUUUCUGUUAACACACUAUUUAUAUAUUGUCAAUUUGACUUGUAGCAUUUUACAUAUGUAAGAUGACAGGAAUAUAAAAUAAGUUAAUUGUUAUAAGUUAUGUAUGACCUACCAUGUUUUAAAGUUUUUUUUCCCUCACAUUAUGUGGGUAAAUUGAAUUUUUAUUUUCUGUGAUAUUUGUAAUUUUAAAGAAAUAGUUAUUUUCUUUAUUUUUUAUGGCCUAUUUAUUGUUAUUUUUAUUUGUUUGUUAAUAAAUGGUUAUAAUAUAAGUUUUUGAAAUCUUAUCAAUACAAAAUUUAUUUCUACAAUUGGCCAUAAUAUAUUUGACAUUUCCCUUUUAGUCUGUUUUGUAUACUUCAAUGUUGUUCUGCUAUAAAAUGUAACAAGCAUGGGUACGUUCUACAGAGACGAAGGCUUAUUAACAUAAUCUGAACGUUAUUAUUGUUUUAAAAUAAAUAAGAUUUAUGAUGGCCAACAUAAAGUACCCUAACAAUUAUAUUUCUAAUAGCCUCAUUAAACUCUUGAAUAUCAUUUGUUUAUAAAAAUAUUGAACAGUGUUAUUUUUAUUUAAGUCAUUCAAACAUUCAAGUUUCACUACCAAAGAUCAUUGAAAUUAAGGUUAUAUCAUGCCAACAAGUUUGAAACUUAUUGGUUUUUCACAAAACAUUUGACUUCAAAUUAAUUUAAGCGUUUAUUGAUCCUCUAAAAAAAAUAAUGUAUAUUUUCUCUAUGGACAUUAAAUAUAAUUUGAGUACUUAAUCAUUAAUUAUAUUAAAAAAAUAUUUGAAUCAUCUUUUUAUUAUUUUAUCCUAAAAAAAAAUUGUCUACUUUAGUUACUAAGACAUAUGUCAGUUACUUAUUCUUGUAUGUUAACGCUGUAUUCAUGCUUAAAAGCUGAUACCAAAAGCAUUUUUUUUCUCUAAAAAUUAUGAAAAAUAUUAUCACCUAGAUCUAAUUUUUUUAAUCAAGCACCUAUAUCUUUUUUUUUUCAUACCAUUUUUCUGUGUUCAAUUUGAUACAUGUACCUGUUGUAUGUAUGAUUCAGUUUUAUAAAGGAAAAUAGUAUGUGUGGGAUUAGUUAUAUAAUGAUUCAGUACGUCUGUUCAAAAACAAUUGUAACAAAAAGUUUUGAUCUGAAUUUAUGUAUUUUUUAUGUUGUUUUUAUCAGAUUUGCUAACAUAUCGAAUGAAUUCAUUUUAUUAUGAAACCCUUAGAUUCUUGAUUUCAUUUCGUCUGAACUGUUUCCCUUAUAACUAUUUAAUUACUUUGAUUAACAGUAAAUAAGUUGAAACAGGCUGAAAGUGAGAUAUUAAUUAUUUCAGUUGACAUAUUUGUAUUUGUAUUAUUUUUUAACACAUUGUUAAAGAAGCUUUAGAAUAAAUUAUAUUGAACGAAUGGGAACAUAUAUUUAGCUUGCAAUGUUGCAUAUUCCGAAGUGCCAAAAGUAUAAUGUAUUCCUAAAUGACAGAUGUCUUAAAUAUUGAAUUUGUUGCUUUAAAUCAUGAAUAAUGUUUUCCAUAAAAAAAUUGUUAAUAUUAUGUAAAACAGCUAUUUUAUAAAAUUUUAUUUCAAAGA